AUGGAAGCAAUGAUGCGAGAAUUCAACGAGCGUGUUGAAGAACUUAAGAAUUGCAUGCUGCUUCGUGCUGAAGAGGAUAUUCUCGUAGAACUACGUGAUUCGCUGAGUGAACUAGAGACUCACGUUUCGUAUAUGACGACUUUUUUACAAGAGGAAAAGCUUGCUAUUGAACGAGCAAAGGAAAUCAAAAUAAAACUAAAAUCUCAGUAUGAAUAUUUGCAACGCAUAAGUCAAAAUCUGCCGAAACAUUUACCAGGAAACAAUAAUGAUUUCUUUGCGGAAUCAAUGCUAUCCUUAAAAUCUCAGCAGCAGCGAGCAAACAUUACCAAGAUCCAGUACAAUCUUGAGGAAUGUGAAGAUUUCUCACAAGCUCAUAAUAAUUAUAAUCACAAUCAAGAAAGAAUAUUGGCACAAUCAGCA